AUGGCCACGGCGACUCUUUUACACCCUACCUCCUCAUUCCCACCUCCGCAACCCUACUCCUAUCCUCACCAUAACCCAAGCAUGAUCUCGCCGACCGAGUCUCGAAAUGAGGACAGCGACUCUUCUAAGCGCCAGUCUCUGCCCUCCAUCUCGGAGGUGAUAUCCGGCGCAAAGCCCUACGCUCAGCAAUCGAACGUCCAACCUUCUCCCUCCAGCUUCUCUCCCUUCACGUCCAACUCUCGUUCGUACUCGGAGCCCGAGAAACAUGCUCCUCCCCCUCAGGCGCCACUCCCACCUCCACCUGGUUCCUUCUCGGCAUCGAGGCAGGAGCCUCUUCCUCCAUUCUCAGGCUCACCAAGACUGCCUUACAAUGGACGCCCAGGCUUACCUCCGGUUUCCGACCGGCGCACGAGCCCGCCUAUCAAGUCUGAGCUACCUCACCACAUGCAGGACCAGCCUAAAGAUCACCGACCGCUCAAUGGCUAUCCGCACCCAUCUCAUUCUGCUGGCCCACCUCCUCCCCCGAGCUAUUCGAGCACACCACUUCCUCCUGGCCAAUUGCACCUACCCUCCUCAUACCACCCCGUCUCCCCGCGACACGCACCUCCCCAUGUAUAUGGACAUUACGAUCAGCGCCCACCGCCGAUUGGAAUGGACGAUGGCCGACACCACCAUUCGGAGUUUAGCAGAGUCUUUGAAACAGGCAACUAUCACGACUCUCUGAGCAGAAUGGCUCAAGCUUCUCGAACCAUGUUCACCUUUGCCGAUGCGUAUUCUAGGCUUGCACAGGAACAGCACGGGCCCCACCAUAUUCCAGAACGCCUACCGACGGAACAGGAGGUCAAUGAUAUGAUCGCCAAUGCCGAACUUAUCCGUAACUCGCUUGAGUUUGUCAGAGACGUGGUACAGCAAUCCAUCCGCAGCGAACGGGCUCGCGAGGGCAACAAGCCAAAGGCACCCAUGCACUACGAUGACGAGGAGGAUGUCCACAUGUACGGAGAGGGCAUGAAGACGCAAUACACCAUUACAGAGGUGAAGAAGCGUCGUGGACGUGCCGCGCCACCAGGAAGAUGCCAUAGCUGCAACCGUGUCGAUACCCCUGAGUGGAGACGCGGGCCCGACGGUGCUAGAACUCUUUGCAAUGCUUGUGGUUUGCACUACGCUAAACUCGAGCGAAAGCGCCAGCUUGAGCAGAGGUCAAUCCGGCCAAAACCCGACGAGAGAAGUCGUGAAUCAUCAGGCGGCAACGGGCCUGAUGUCAAGAACGGGCCGUACAUAUAA